AUGAUGGAUUACGUUAUGUGCCGGCACCACGAGGUGGAGAGGGUAAUAUCGAGGGAGGGGAGCCGGUACAGCUUCUCCGACGCCAUUCUGCCGUCGCUGGGGGCGAGGAGCAACCGCAGGGUAACGCUCCGCCGGUUCAUCAUCUCGCCAUUCGACCGACAGUACAGGUGAGACCUCCCGCCCCCAGUCCUCCCCCGUCCGAACAUAUAUCCUUUCCCCGCCUUCUUCCUCUUCAUCUUCGAGUGGUUUUAUUAGUGAUUGCUACGGUGCUAUCGAGCGAGGGGUAGAUUAAUCGAUUCUAGACAAAUUCAUAGUCUCUUUGUUUCACGUUUUCGGAGAGAACCCAACAAAGGAAUUCCAGCAGACAUCUAUCAUCGCUCCCUUCGUUCUUCCCCUCGAGCGGUGGCAUUCCCAGGAGAUAAUAAAUAUCUGCAUUCAUGCUGAUUAUUUUUCAUGGCAAAUUCAGGGCUUGGGAAACCUUUCUGAUCCUUCUGGUCAUCUACUCCGCGUGGGUCUCCCCCUUCGAAUUUGGAUUUCUCGCGGGCCCGGAGGGAGGCCUGGCCAUUGCCGAUAAUGUCGUUAAUGGGUUCUUCGCCGUGGACAUCAUCCUGACCUUCUUCGUGGCCUACCUCGACAAAGUCACUCAUCUUCUGAUAGACGACCCGAAGCAAAUCGCCCGGAAAUACGCAUCCACAUGGCUUGUUCUCGAUGUUAUCUCUACGAUACCGUCAGAAAUCGCGCGGAAAGCCCUCCCUCGGAAGAUCAGAUCUUACGGGGUCUUCAAUAUGCUUCGGCUCUGGCGGCUGCGGAGAGUAUACGCCCUCUUCUCCAGGUAUAUCGGCCCUCCAACUACGAGCUGUACUCCCCAGCCCGGCCCUCUUCAAUCUGAAACUUCCUACACUCCAUAUUUACCCGGACAAAACCGCACGAAAAAUCAGAGGCAUUGUGCAUAUGUCGAUUGAUUUCUAAUUUGGGGAGCUACACUGAUCUUCUGGGUGUAACAGGCUAGAGAAAGACAGGAAAUUCAACUACUUUUGGGUGCGAAUUGCGUGGCUCUUCUGCGUAAGAACCUUCACUGACCCCAGUCCAUUCAGUCCUCAAAGCUCCUUGUUUCCGCGAGCGUCUCUUUCUUAACCCUAGCCCGGAAUUUGAGUACAGGUCACUGUCUUUGCCGUCCACUGCGCCGGCUGCUUCUUCUAUCUCUUGGCGGCGAGGUACCACGACCCUAGCAGGACAUGGAUCGGAGUGGCCAUGGGUAACUUCCAGGAGGCGAGCCUGUGGAGUAGAUACGUUACAGCGAUUUACUGGUCGAUGACCACCCUCACGACCGUCGGAUACGGAGAUAUACACCCCGUAAAUACUCGGGAGAUGGUGUUUGACGUGUUUUACAUGCUCUUCAACCUCGGGUUGACCUCAUACUUGAUCGGGAACAUGACUAAUCUGAUCGUCCACGGAACCGGCCGCACCAGAAAGUUUGUAAGUUCUAAUAAUCCCACUUGUCCUUGGAAUCCUUCAUCACACAGUCCAAUCUCCAUGAGCUCAGGCUUCAGACAAUAGUUCUUCCACCUAUCUUGUCCGUGGAAUCGAAUCUCCUCGAUCGGCAUAGAUCGAUACUCAUGUAGUAGUAGUGGUUUAAAUAGUCAUCUUGAUCUUGGUGUCUCACACCACCCUUGUCGUCCAUCUUAUUGCUCGAAUCUUCAGCAUGGUUUGAUGGGAUCUAUUUUGCAGAGAGAUACGAUCCAAGCCGCGUCAAGUUUCGCACAGAGGAACCGCCUGCCAGUGAGAUUGCAGGACCAGAUGCUCGCCCACCUAUGCCUGAAGUUCAGAACGAACUCCGAAGGGCUCCAACAGCAGGAGACACUCGAAAUGCUUCCGAAAGCCAUCCGGUCCAGCAUUGCGCAUUUCCUGUUCUACUCUCUGGUCGAUAAGGUGUACUUGUUCCAAGGGGUCUCCGAUGAUCUCCUCUUCCAGCUGGUAUGAACACUACCAGAGAUGAUCACUGAACCGAUUGAUAGGCACUUAACGGGUUUCCUGACUCGAAAAUUACAUGAAGGUUUCCGAGAUGAAAGCCGAAUAUUUUCCUCCCAAAGAAGAUAUCAUCUUGCACAAUGAAGCUCCGACGGAUUUCUAUGUGUUGGUGUCAGGUGCUGUGGUACGAAUCUCACAUUUGACUGAAAUUUCUCGCGUUUCCUUGUGUUCUUUGUGAUGAUCCCCCGUGGGGGAUCGACUGGGACUUAUUUUUCUCAUGUUUCCAUCCGUCCUGUGCUUCCUUCCUUCAGGAUCUAAUCGAGCACCAGAACGGAACGGAACGGGUAAGUCUGGAUUAGAGGCCGUCCUCAUGGAGAGGGAGAGAAAGACUUUUGCCUUACCACAACAAACUGUGUCGUAACAGGUUGUUCGUGAGGCGACAACAGGGGACCUUCUUGGAGAAAUCGGAGUUCUCUGCUACAGACCCCAGCUUUUCACCGCCCGCACCAAGCGCCUGUGUCAGCUGUUGCGUCUCAACCGUACGUCCUUCCUCAACAUCGUCCAGGCCAACGCCGGGGACGGAACGAUAAUCAUUAACAAUCUUCUUCAGGUAAGCCGCAUCGAUUCUCUCUCUCUCUCUCUCUCUCUCUCUCUCUCUACUGAGAACAUCAAAUUAAACCUGGGAGUUGUUUGUAGUAUCUGAAAGAGCAGAAGGACCCGGUGAUGGAAGCGGUUCUGAGGGAGGCGGAGAGCACGCUGGGGAGCGUUAGAACGGACUUGCCCGUCUCUCUGUGCUUCGCUGCGAUGAGGGCGGACGAUCUCUUGAUGCAUCAGCUCCUCAGGCGUGGAAUGGAUCCGAACGAAUCAGACAACCAUCGGCGCACGCCGCUGGUGAGGAAAUUCAUCGUCUCUCCCAUGCCCCUUAAAUCCGUCAUCCACUUGAUCUUUAUUGUGCUGACAGAUAGAUGUGUUUAUCUCUGUGAUCCUCAGCACAUAGCAGCGUAUAAGGGAAACAAGAGCUGUGUUCUUCUCCUUCUGGACUACGGGGCUGAUCCCAACAGCAGGGGUAUGAAGCUACCAAUGCCCUGAUAUCCAUUGCCGGAGUAACCAGUGUUCAUCCAUGACGAUUCUUCCUUGGUGCAGACUCAGACGGGAGCGUCCCUCUGUGGGAGGCCGUUCUCGGGAGGCACGAGGCGAUCAUCAAGCUGCUCAUCGACAACGGGGCCGAUCUCACAUCCGGCAACGUCGGUCGCUUCGCGUGCGUGGCGGCCGAGCAGAGCAGCGUGGAGCUGCUGGAGGAGAUCAUCCGUUACGGCGGCGACGUCACGUUGCCGGCGAGCAACGGCUCCACGGCGCUUCACGUCGCCGUCUGCAACGGCGACGUGAAGGUGGCCAAGUUCUUGGUAGACCGCGGGGCCCUUAUCGACAAGCGCGACGUUGAUGGCUGGACGCCGAGGGACCUUGCCGAUCAGCAAGGCCACGAGGAGAUAAAGGCCCUCUUCGGCACAAAGAAAGAGCUCGGCAGGACCCUCUCCGUCUCCUUCGCCUCUGAACCUGCCGUCAGAACCUUCGGGAGAUUCAGAAGCGAGCCGUUCAUUCGGGCUUCCGGCAGCGAGGUAGGGGGAGAAGUGUUCACAUCGACGGAGGACAGCGGCCGGGGAGGAAACCGGCGGCGGCGGCGGGCUAAAACCUUCAACAAUUCGCUUUUCGGGAUUCUGUCGGCUACCCACGAGGACGAUCGCCGCCUUUCCUCUGCCGGCUCAGCAAGAGGUUGCUUACCUACCAUCGACGAUUCACAGCCCAAGCACCUUCCUGUCCGCAGGGUGACGGUGAGCAUCCCCCAGUAUGGCGGCGGCGGCAGCGGCUAUGCCAGCAAGCUCGUGCUGCUCCCCGGUUCUCUCAAGGAGCUUCUCGAAGUCGGCGCGAAGAAGUUUGGGGUGAACGCCACGAAGAUCCUCACCGAAGACGGCGCCGAGAUCGACGACGUCGCGGUCAUUCGGGAUGGCGAUCGUCUCGUACUUGUCGGUGGAGAAUGUGCCGUCAAUGCGGGUUCUGAAACUUCGAAGGAGGAGCAAGAACCAUUGGUUGACCGAUGA